CCAAACGCCCUUCGUGUCCCUCGCGGCUCACGGAGCCCGAGAAGCCAUCCUCGGCUCCUCCACCUCGCCUCUGCAUGAGAGCGGGCCGCAGGCGACGUGUCGCGGCGGCAGGCGGGCAUGGGCACACCUGGAGCCCGGCCGCGGCGACACCAGCCAUCCCUCGCCUCCCUCCACUCCACCUCCCCAACACGCGCUUGCCUCCGCCCCCGGCCUAUAUAUUCUCGGCAGGUCUUGACCCUGAUGCUUCUCGCUGCCGUCUUCUCGUCCGGCAACCAUGGUACACGAGACAAGAUCACGGGCGCACGUGGCUACCCAGGAAGAAGGGAAGGCCGCCUCAAAAAGGCAGAAAACAGAGAGCAAAGACCAGGAGAGGGGCCAACAGGUGCCCUCCAGGAACAAGAAAUCGGCUGAGAGUAAAGGACAAGAUGUGGAGUCAGAGGCACCAACGAAGAGCAAGAAGCUCAAAGCUGAGGAAUCUGAGCCAAAUGGGAAGGGAGCUGCAGCAAAAGAGUUCGCAGAGUUCUGCAAGGCUAUAAGAGAACACCUCUCCGUCGAGGACAUGCGUAAGAUCCUUCAAGCCAGUGAGCAAGAUGCUUCUGGAUCAGAGGAUGCAGUUCGUCCACGAUGCGAGGAUAUGAUGUUCUAUGGUCCUCUCGAGAAGUGCACAGUAUGUGGUGGUCAGCUUGAGUUUAAGGGGUUGAAAUACAGGUGCACUGGGAACUAUAGCGAGUGGGCACGGUGCACUUUCAGUACUAACAAUCCUUCAAGGAAACGUGGUCCUAUAAAAGUCCCUGAUGACAUAAAAGAUGAUUUUGUCCGCAAGUGGCUGAAGCAACAAGAAGGAAAGGAGUUCCCUAAACGUGAUAUUGAUGAAGAGGCACAUAUCUUCUCAGGGAUGAUGAUUGCCUUGUCUGGGCGGAUGUCACGCUCACAUGGUUACUUCAAGGAGCAGAUUAUGAAGCAUGGAGGAAAGGUCAACAAUUCUGUGCUUGGUGUUACAUGUGUAGUUGCUUCUCUGGCUGAGAGAGAUAAAGGUGGCUCGGGAGGAUUUGCUGAAGCACUGGAGCGCGGAACUCCUGUUGUUAGCGAGAAUUGGAUAGUUGAUAGUAUCGAGAAGAAGGAAGCUCAACCUUUAGCUGCUUAUGAUAUUGUGUCUGAUGUUGUUCCCGAAGGCCGAGGACUCCCGCUGGGCCAGCUUGAUCCAAGUGAGGAGGCCAUUGAGACCUUAGCUGCAGAGGUUAAACUCGCUGGCAAGAGAGCGGUUCACAAGGACUCUAAGCUGGAUAAAGAUGGUGGAUCUAUCUUCGAGAGGGAUGGCAUAAUCUACAAUUGUGCUUUUGCUGUGUGCGAUUUAGGAUGCGAGAUGAAUCAGUUUUGCAUUAUGCAGCUGGUCAUGGUCCCUGAAAAUCGUUUGCACCUUUACUACAAAAAGGGCCCAAUUGGUCAUGACCAGAUGGCAGAGGAACGAGUUGAGGAUUUUGGUAACCGUGUCAAUGAUGCUAUUAAAGAAUUUGCUCAGCUUUUUGAGGAGGUUACUGGAAAUGAGUUCGAGCCAUGGGAGCUAGAGAAGAAGUUUGAGAAGAAGAGUAUGAAGAUGUAUCCCUUGGACAUGGAUAUCGGUGUUGAUGUGCGCCAUGGAGGCGCAGCGCUUCGUCAAUUGGGAGCUGCUGCAGCACAUUGCAAGCUUGAUUCUUACGUUUGUUUUCUCGUGAAACAGUUAUGCAGCCAAGAAAUAUACAGGUAUGCUUUGAUGGAGAUGGCCCAAGAUGUGCCUGACCUUCCCAUAGGGAUGCUUACUGAUCUCCAUUUGAAGAGAGGGGAGGAAAUGUUACUUCAGUGGAGACAAGAUCCAGUCUCAGUUCCGGAGUCUGGCCCUGCUGCUGAUGCGUUCUGGACAGAAAUAAGCAACAAGUGGUUCACUCUGUUCCCCACAACUCGGCCAUUUACGAUGAGGGGAUUUGAGCAGAUCGCUGAUAAUGUAGCCUCUGGUUUGGAGACGAUUCGUGAUAUAAAUGUCGCUUCUCAUCUUAUAGGGGAUGUGUUUGGUUCAACCUUGGAUGAUCCAGUAUCUGAAUGCUACAAGAAGAUCGGUUGUUCGAUCAAUCCUGUUGCUGAAGAUGCAGAGGAUUACAAGAUGAUUCUGAAGUAUCUGGAGAAAACAUAUGAACCUGUCAAGGUUGAUGAUGUGGUUUAUGGUGUGUCUGUCGAGCGGAUAUAUUCUGUCGAGUCUAAAGCUUUUCCUUCUUAUGAGAAAAUAAAGAAUCUGCCGAACAAAGUUCUUCUCUGGUGUGGUACUAGAAGCUCGAACUUGCUCAGGCAUCUGCAUAAAGGAUUCCUGCCUGCUGUUUGUCACCUUCCUGUACCGGGAUACAUGUUUGGCAAAGCCAUAGUCUGUUCUGAUGCAGCAGCUGAAGCCGCUCGCUAUGGCUUCACUGCAGUGGACCGCCCAGAAGGGUACUUGAUCUUGGCGGUGGCCUCUCUGGGCGAAGAGAUCACAGAAGUAACUGGCACGCCAGGGGCAGAGGAUGCGAAAAGCUUCGAAGUGAAGAAGAUCGGCGUGAAAGGGGUCGGGAGGAAGACGACCGACGAGUCGGAGCACUUCACCUGGAGGGACGGCGUGAAGGUCCCCUGCGGCAAGCUGGUGCCGUCGAGGAACAAGGAUGGCCCGCUCGAGUACAACGAGUACGCCGUGUAUGACCCAGAGCAGGUGACCAUCUGCUUCCUGGUCGGGGUGAAGUACGAGGAGCAGAACAUGGAGGUGGUGCCGGACGACGAGUGAAGCCGUCAUGCAUGACUCGGAGAUGGUCUUCCGCAUUCUGCUGUCGGUGUAGUGUUAGUGUGAGCUAGUGACGCCUUUGGCACCCAUGAAGCGUGGCACCGGUGGUGGUGGCAUGUGAUGAUACCGGUGGCGGCCUUUGCUUCAUUUUUCAGGCCGCCUUCUUUUGGUUUCUCCAUCGCUGUGCGUGUGUACGUAGGAUGGAGACCUGUAGUAGUAGUGAAGCGUAACCCUGCAAGGACAUGUCUAAGCUGGAAGAACAUGAUGUGUACCUGUAUCAGACACUCAGUUAUGUACAUAUUUGCUUUGGAUCUUAGCGCGACUUUGU